AUGAAUGAGGUGAUACGGUCGAAAAAGAAAUCGGCCCACCCAGACUGGCGGGUGUUGGUGGUCGACCAGCUCGCCAUGAGGAUGGUGUCGACGUGUCUCAAGAUGCACGACAUUGCAGCCGAGGGCAUCACCAUUGUGGAAGACAUCCAGAAGAGUCGGGAGCCUCUGCCGGCUUUGGAAUCUAUCUAUCUCAUCCAGCCCACCAAGUCCUCAAUAUCAGGCCUAGAGCAAGACUUCAUCACGGCUAACAAAGCAAAGUACAAAGCUUGCCAUGUUUACUUCACAGAAAGUUGUGCAAAUGAUCAGUUCAAUGAAUUGUGCAAACAGCAUGUGGCCAAGUACAUCAAGACUCUCAAGGAAAUCAACAUUGCCUUCCUGCCGUAUGAAAGUCAGGUGUUUUCAUUGGACUUCCCAAAGGCAUUCCCGAAUUACUACAGUCCUGCACAAGCACAGUCUCGGUCAAGUACACUAGAAAGGAUGGCUGAACAGAUUGCAACACUCUGCUCUUGCCUAGGAGAAUAUCCAGCUGUCAGAUAUCGAGGUGAAUUUGAGCGAAAUGUUGAACUGGCUCAGCUGCUGCAGCAAAGGCUAGAUGGCUACAAGGCUGAUGAACCCUCUAUGGGUGAAGGACCAGAGAAGGCACGCUCACAAGUGCUCAUCCUGGAUCGUGGAUUUGAUUGCUAUUCUCCACUCUUGCAUGAACUUACUCUGCAGGCAAUGGCAUAUGAUUUGUUGGAUAUUAAGAAUGAUGUGUACAAGUAUGAGGCCACUCAAGGAGAAAGUGAAAAGGAAGUCCUACUUGAUGAGAAUGAUGACCUCUGGGUUGACCUGCGCCAUCAGCAUAUUGCUGUUGUCUCUCAGAAUGUGACUAAAAAGAUGAAAGAGUUCAUGGCCACCAAGCGUAACAUGGGCACAGACAAAUCCUCCAUGAAGGACUUAUCACAGAUGAUCAAGAAAAUGCCCCAGUAUCAGAAAGAGCUCUCCAAGUACUCCACUCAUCUCAACUUGGCUGAGAACUGCAUGAAGAAAUACCAGGGCUAUGUUGAUAAGCUGUGCAAGGUAGAACAGGAUCUUGCCAUGGGAACUGAUGCAGAAGGUGAGAAGAUCAAGGACCACAUGAAGAACAUCAUCCCCAUUUUGCUUGACCAGAACGUUAAGGAAGAAGACAAGCUGCGCGUGAUCUUGCUUUACAUCCUGGCCAAGAAUGGCAUCUCCAAUGAAAAUCUGGAGAAGUUGCUUCAGCAUGCUCAAAUUUCCUCCUCAGAAAAGGCUACCAUUAACAACCUGGCACACCUUGGUGUCAAUGUUGUUGUAGAGGGCGGCAAACAACGUAAGCCUUACCAAAUACAGCGAAAAGAGCGCAUCACCGAGCAGACCUACCAGAUGUCCCGAUGGACACCCACAAUCAAGGACAUCAUGGAGGACUGCAUUGAUGGCAAGCUGGAGGAGAAACAUUUCCCUUACCUUGCUGGACGCUCAGCUGCCAUGCCUAGAACUGCGCCAUCCAGUGUGAGAUACAACUGGCACAAAGACAGGAGUGCCACUGCUCAGAAAAACAUGCCUCGGUUGUUGGUGUUUGUUGUAGGUGGCAUGACUUACUCGGAAAUGCGCGCUGCUUAUGAAGUUACAAAGUCUGGAAAGAACUGGGAAGUUAUCAUUGGUUCAACUCAUAUCUUGACGCCAAGUGACUUCUUAAGUGAGCUCCGUAAUUUGAGCUGAAGCACGUGACCCCCCCAUGACCCGGCCUCUCCUUCCUCCACUUCCUCCUCCUCCUCAUCUCCUUCUGACUCUCCACCUCCCAAAAUUCCCCCUCCUCCCCUCCUCCCUCCCUUGUUCGCCCGCUCCACCUUCCACCGCCACCCCGACACCUGACCCCUCUCCCCUCUCUCCAUCCAUCCCCAUCAUUGAUCUCAUGCUUGCUCUGCUUCCUGUCUGAUGCAAAGUAUUUGAGGCACGAUUCAAAAUGUACGUCUUCCAUGAGUAGAGUCAAUGAUUGCCUGUUUUCUUAUGCAAAACUGGAGUGUGGUGUUAUUGAUGAACUCAGGAGAGGUUUCUAGAAUCGUGGCUGAUGGGACUGGCAGCACUGCAUCCUGUCAGGGCAUGAAAUCCGCUGAUUUCAAGAGGUUGUAAUUGAUUGUAGCUUAUUCAAAAGCUCAAACUUGCAAGUUGUGCAGUAAUCUCUUACAUAUUGGUAAGUCUUGUUUGAAACAUCAGUAUUAUGAUUCUAUUAUAUAUGAGUUGCAGGAUGCAGCAGUUAAUGCUCCCCAAAUUCUUUGCAAUGUAAUAUUUCAAUUCUCUGUGUAUUUUAAACAUUUAACAGUUUCAAAUGUCAUAGUAUAGUGCUAGCGCAUCCCUUAUACCUUCAUAUGUGUCAGAGUUAGCUAGUUUGAACACAAGGUGAUAAAGCUGUAAGGCUACAGAGAGCCAAGCAAGCUGAUGUAAGGAUAAGCCAAAGGUGCAUAUAGCUAACAUGGCACAUGCUAGCUACAGUGCACUGCUAAGUCAGAAGCUUUUCUAGCCCUUUUCUUGGACUUUUCACUGAUUUCUAUGUGAUAGAAUAACUGAAAUGUGAAUACUCAUAACAAUGUAAGCAGUGCCUUUCAAAAACUUCUUAUUCUUAUUGUCUAUCAAAUUUUCUUCUUUGUCAGCUUUGGAAUAGGUGUUUAUUGGCUCCUUGUUUUUUGUUAAAAGGCCAAGGAAUAACGUGGAAUCUGACCAAAUGAUUAUUUGAAUUAGCAAGCCUGCAGGUGUUAGCUUUGGAGAAGAAAAAAAUAUGCUUACAUGUUAUGUAAUGCACCACAUUUCUUUCUUUUGAAAUGCCUCAUUUUCUUUGUUUUAUUAAUUUUAGAGAAGGAACUAAAGAAUGUUUGGAUUUACUUCACUGAGUAAUCACUUGAAUUCUCCUUAUUUGAUUAUGAUUUUAGCAAUGCACUGUUAGCCUUCAUAAUCCAUUGUGUUGUGGCAGGUUGGAGCUGCGAAAAUGUGAAAUGACAAACAAUUUUUAACUCCAUUGUAUGUUGUCAGACAGUAGAGCAUUUAAUUUGUUAAUUGGAAAACAUAACUGGAAUGGAGCUGAAAGUCGUUUGUCAUGUCACAAACGAAAAAUAAUAAAAAGUCUUAUCUGUGACCUAGUUAAUUUUGGUGUGUGCUGGGUCAUGGUUAAUUGCCUAACUGGGGUGUUAGGCUCUCCAUAUGCAAUCUUGAACUUUCCCACCAAUCGUAUAAGCCUGGGCUUACUCAUCUGUUUGAAAAUAGUAGUGUGUGGUCCUCAACUCUUUUUUGGUUCCUGUCUUCUCAACAGGUGACAUUAUUUACCUUUGAUUCCUGAGGCCAUGGAAGACAAGAAGACAAGCUGGGUAUCAUGCUCAGAAUUUGGUUUGAAUGAGCGUAUUUGAGAAAAAUGCACAAAAAAACAAAAAAACAUAAAAAAAAUACAAAAAACAAAAAAAGAUAUAAAAGGACGAAUGAAUGAAAAGAGGUGUCAGCAUUUCCAACUGACAAGAGAAACGGGAGAGAUUUUGAUCAGCAACAUUGUUGACAUCCAACAGAAUAUUAACCUCACUUGACCAGACCAUCAAACGUUUACUGUAUGACAUAUCUUGAACUACCCUCAUUGUAUUGUUCACAUUAUAUCCAAUUUCAUGUUCACUGCAUUUAUCCAGAUCAUUUAUUAUUCGUAGUCAUCUGCAUUUCUCCUGCCUUUAUUCCAAAUGUGCCCGUGGCGGUUGGUAUAUUUUUAGUCCCUUGAUCUUGAUAUCGUUGGUGUAGUCUAUUAGACUUGUAUUGUUGACUUUAAAAGACCAAGCUUGUGAUUAGCAACCACUGUGGUUAUGAUAGGGUUUUAUAAUUAGAAGUGUGGAGUGGAUUAAUAAAUAUUCAUUAUUUAGGAAAUACAUUUUAAGGGAUUUUGCUGUAAACAUUCAGUGAUUGGAUAUCAAUGGUUAUUUCGUUAAAAACUUUUUAGAAAUUGAUAUUAGAUAUCAAAGCUUUAAAAUCAAAUCAUCAAAUUUAGAAAGAACUUUUGAAUGCUAUCUUCAUGUUUCAGCUAACUUUUUGAAUGAUGCUAUUACUUGAAUUCCAUGCUUGAAAAAAGCAUGGAAAUGGAAACACUAAAAUUGUGAUCAAGGUGUUUGUCAUUUUACUAUAUCAGGAGUUGCUGGUGUUUAUAUUAAUGGUUCUCUCUUUUUUUCUUAUCUUAUCAUAAAAUGCUUCAGCAAUACAAUGAAAAGUUUUUCCUACAGUAAUCUUUGUAAUAGAGAGAGUUGUGAUGGUUGACAUGAUGGAUUCCAAACAUUCCACUUGUUACUUAGAUUUACAGAGGGAUGCUGAAGCAUCAAGAUGUGAGUUUAAUCCAUAGGGAAACUAUAUUUCAGUGAUCUAGUCUACAUAUAUUAAAAUGUAUUACUGAUAAACAUAGGUUAAGGAGAUGCACCCAAGAAGAGCAAAAGCCAGUGAUUUGUACCUAUUGUUAUUUCCAUUUUUCUUUAAAUGGUUGUACUUAAUUAUAUAUUAUUUUCAAUAGUUAGAUCUUUGAUUUUGCAAUAGUAACAUUCUGCUGGCUGGAUGCUCAUAUUAUGCAAUGAAUAUUUACCAUGGUUUUAGAUUGAUUUAUCAGUUAUGUAGUGUUAAUGCUAGAAGCAAUAACCUCUGUAGUCAUGCUGCUUUUAUGGUAAAUAGCUGUUUUUAGCUUUUGAGUAUGACACAGGUUGAGAAAACACAAAUUUUUGCUGUACAGUAGCAAGAAAAUAAACAGAGGAGGGCAGAAGCAGUAAUCAGCAGAUUAUUUCACUGAUUAGUAUAUAAGUAUUUUAUUGUUAUUUGCCCUGUUGAGCUUGUAAGUAGGCAAUUGGUAAGCAAGAAUCUUGGGGGACUUUUAUGUAGUUAUUGUGGGAGCACUCAAGUAGUAACUUGGGUGGCUUUCGCAAUUAUUUGGGCAGUGCUAAAACAAUUUCAUCCCUCCUUAAGCAAACAUUUGGAUUACAUAAGAAUUACUGCACUCAACCAAGUAUUACUUAUGGUCUUUAGCAUUUGUCAUUAUCGGUAGGGUACAAGAUAAAUUUUAUUAUAUUGUGUGGCGUAUCAGUGACCUGUUCAAACAGAUUGGGAUUUCAAGCUACAGAGUAAGUCCUACCUUAAAAUUGAAUUAGACCUGUUAGGGAUAUCUCUAGUAUCUUAGAUUGCAUUAUGAAGCAGCUGGUAGGCUCAUUAUUUAAGGUGACUAGAAAAGUGAAGUACUGUUUAGAACAUGUUUGGCAUCAAAUUCGUGGUUGUGCACCAUCAACCAAGUUACCAUCUCUUAGCCUCUGCCUUAUUGUUGAUGAAUUUAUUGAUUUCCUUUUACUAUGAAAGUAAAAGAGCAUGGUAAAAGGAAAUUGACAUGAGAAUCUUUCAUUUAGUAAAUGUUCAUUAAAAGAAAGACAAAAAAUAUUAUUAGCAUGACUGCUACUUGCAAGAUGUGCGGUGAAUGUACUUACACAUGCUGGGUCGUGUUUAUGAGUGUUGGUCCUGAAAAUUGACUUGGUGUGGUUCGUUGCAUUGUUGCCAUACAUAAGGGAGGGCCUAUCAAAACAACCCAUGUGAAAACUACUAUUCUCGCACUUUUUAACUUGCAUUUUCCAUGAAAAGUUUAUGUAAUGGAAAAUCCACAUUUUUUGACAUCUAACAGCAAUUUUCAAAGAAAUUAAGGGUAAAAAAAUACAAGUUCAGUAUUGGUCAGCUACAAUUUUAGUAGUAAAGCUUAAAGAAGGGUAGAUCAUAACAAGGGCUUAAUUCAAUUCACAUUCAACGAACUUUCCCUUCUCGGUAAAAGCAAAGCAAAAAUAACAACAAUGGACCCUGUUUAGAUAUAUAAUUUUUAGAUGUGUAUAUAUGAUUGUUUAUAGGAUUGUUGCUUAUUUCAGUGUUGGUUAAAAGUAAUUGGUUGUAAAUAAUUAGUCUAAGGAUUAUUUAACAUUCUUCUUUUUCCGACAGGGUCACCAAGGUCUUGUUUUUUCCAAUUUUUCUGUCUGUUAUCUCGACUGAUUUUUGACCAGUAUGACAUAAUGCCAUAUGCCUGAGUAUUUUGAAGAUGUCUAGCAUAUCUGAGCAUGUUUGUUUUUAUUGAUUAGAAUGAAUAAAUAACUGAAAAUGUGAACAGUCUUAUAAAUCUAACCAGGAAUUUGUAAUGUAUCUUUGUAAGGGUAAAGUCACAGAAUGAGAAUUAUUUAUAUCAAAACAAUAAUAGCAGAUUCUGGAGCGGUUUAUGAUGGAAAAAUUAGAGCAGGCAUAUGGCUGUGUAUCCUAGACAUUCCCACAUUUGUCCAGCUCCAUACUCUGUGUUGUCUUGUCCUGUUGGCUAUUAUGCCUUCUCUUAUCAAUAUAUAUGUCAUUAGUCAA